AUGAUCGUGACCGUGACUCAUGAGUCCGUGAGGCGUGACUCUAUGAGAUCGACGACGGGUGAGCAAGCCGGAGCUCGGAGCUUGGAGGUUGAAGGACCGGUUGGAUCGCCACCUGGGGAGUGGAGUGGAGACCGAGAGUGCGGGACAAGAGGAGAACUAGAGAAAGGAAUGAAGCCAAAAUCGAAGGCCGAAAGAGAGACGAAGAUCCGAUAG